AUGCACGUAUAUAGCCUUCUCUUCACCGCCGCGUAUUUGAUCAACACGGCAACCUAUUCCGCCCAAAACUUGAAGGGCCUGAGUUACUCCACUGUGGCAACGCAGUCCACCAAGGUGGGCGAAUCAGAUGUAUACGUAGGUCGAGAUGAGCAGCUGGAGGCAGAGACCAACACUUACAAACACUUAUUCCCGCUGUUGCUUGAAAAGGCCAAAUCAAUUGCGAAUGAGGUAGCUAUCACCGAACUAGAAGAUUCAGAAGUAAAAAGAGAAACCACGUAUGGAGAAAUAUUCGAUCAGGCUCUUAGUUUAGGUAGAUAUCUUAACAGGAAGGAUGGUGGAAUACCGAAGAAAGAAUACAAGGAAGAACAAUGCAACAAUGGGAAAUUCAAACUGUUGGGGAUAUAUGGAUCCAAUUCUGCGAACUGGUUGGUGGCCGACUUUGCAUGCAUGGCUAGCGGUGUUACGUCUCUAGUGAUGCACUCCAAGUUUAGCAUCGAUGAAGUGUGCGAAAUAUUGAACGAAAGCAAACUGGAGUGGCUAUGUAUCGACCUCAAUUUAGUCGAGCCUUUGCUAGAGAAGAAGGAUAAAUUACCCUAUUUAAAAAAACUGCUUAUAUUAGACAAUCUAAGUCUUAGCACAAAUAAAGGAAGGAGAGUGAACCGGCCAGGGGCACCCCCAGAAACGGAGGAACAGAAGGAGAAAAGAGAAAAAUCAGAAAAGUUGGAAGAGGAAAAUUACGAACUAUUUAAAAAAUUGAAAUCCAAAGCGGAAGAAUUAGGAAUGAGUAUGUCUGAGAUAAACGACUUUACAAAGGACCAGGUACCCUCAUACAAGGUCUUAAAAGAACAUAAGCCAGAGCACAUAUCCACCAUUGUGUAUACUUCAGGCACUUCGGGAAAACCAAAGGGAGUCAUGUUAAGUAAUAGAGCUCUCUAUUAUACUGUCGUGCCAGUGAGCAGGUGGAGCAUCUUCCUAAAGUUCAAUCCACAACAACAUUUCUCCUACUUACCCCUUUCGCACAUAUAUGAACGGUCCAUAGCGUACUUAAGUUUUUACCGACAAAUGAAAAUAAAAAUAUGGAGCAAAGACAUAUCCCUUUUUUCGAAAGAUAUGUCACAGUCAGGUGCCAAUAUCAUUGUAGGUGUGCCUAAGGUAUUCAACAGAUUGUAUACAACCAUUAUGGGCGAGAUUGCAAAGUUACCUGCACAUAAAAGAUUCAUGGUGAAAAAAAUAAUUGCUUUACGUAGAGGAAAUAAUUACGGAGCUUUUUCAAAACUUUUGGAAAAUAUGACUCACGUGUCACAAAAAAUAAAGGAAAAAAUCAACCCCGCAUUGGAAGCAUUCUUCAGUGGAGGUGGGAAGAUAUCUCCCAAGGUGGAAAGGGACCUAAGUGUUCUACUGAAUAUAAAUUUUUACCAGGGGUAUGGACUAACAGAGACAACUGGACCCAUUAUUGUACAACACCAAAGGGACUACUCCACGAACAACAUUGGAGGACCCGUUUCUCCCUAUGUGCAGUAUAAAGUAGUUACUUGGGAAAAAUAUGACGCUAAGGGAAGGCCACCAAGAGGGGAACUACUCCUAAAGGGAAAACAACUAUUCAGUGGAUACUUCCUCCGUCCAGAACAAACGAAAAAUGCAUUUACCGAUGAUGAAUUUUACAAAACAGGAGAUGUUGUACAGAUAAACAAAGAUGGAUCCAUUACCUUUUUGGAUAGAUCCAAAGGUCUAGUGAAAUUAUCACAAGGAGAAUACAUAGAAACGGAUAUGCUGAACAAUCUCUACGCAGACAUAGACUUUGUAAAUCACUGUGUCGUGUAUGGUGAUGAUUCCAUGGAUGGACCACUGGCCGUCAUCAAUGUAGAUAAGGACAUAUUCGCAAAAUGCUUGGAAAGAGAUGGUGUGUUAAAAGAACAAGGAAUAACCGCUUCCGAUUUUUUGAAAAAUCUAAAUGAUGAUACACUCAACCAGGAGCACUACCUAAAAUACGUGCGAGAAAAAAUGUUCGAAAUGUACAAGACGACCAACUUAAACCGCUAUAACGUCAUAAACGAUAUUUACCUCACCUGCAAACUGUGGGACACCUCCAACUACCUCACCCCUACGUUCAAGGUCCGAACCUUCUACGUCUUCAACGACUUUAAAUUCUUCAUCGAUAAGGUCAAGAAGGGUUACAAGGAUAAGAUGAAGGCCAAGAAUAAGUAG